CACACCCCUCUGCCCUCCCAACCUGACCUCCUCCUCUCAGUCUGUAUAAAAUAGGAGGUCUCCACACCAGCAUCACUUCACCCAAAGCUGCUGCCUCGUCAGUCUGAUCCACUGAAGCACAUCCAGCUUAGCCAUGAGCAGAAACUACAUGUCCAAAUAUGAUGAGCUCCGCAAGGGAGACUACCUCUGGUCAAACAACAAGGACUACAAGGCAGUCUUUCAGGAGGAUGGUAACUUUGUGAUCCAUGGCUGGAGGCCAAUGUGGUCGUCUGACACGACUGGCCAGCGUGAUGCCCACCGCCUCUGCAUGCAGGAUGAUUGCAACUUUGUCAUGUACAAGCGUGACGACAAAGCCAUCUGGCACACUAACACCCACAGGACGGAUGGCUUCAAGAUGUGCCGCAUGUACCUGCGCGACGACGGCAACCUGGUGAUCGAGAAGGACGGAGAGGAGGUGUGGAACUCCUCCCAGUCCAAGGGGAUGAAGUGAGGCUGAGAGGCUUCAGCUGAGCGUCUUCCUCUCUCUCUGGCUCUCAGCCACUCUGCCACUCGCUGGUGUUGUGGUUGGGUUUGAAUGGGGUUGGUUGGUUGACAAACUUAAGCUGAAUAAAGAGCAAAAUAAAAUGCA